UUAGUGAAAAAAACCCAUUAGUGCUCUGUUUUUUUUCUUCAGUAAACAAAAAUAAAAUCUCCAUUUUUUUUUUCCUUUCCAAUUUUUGGAGAGAAAAUCCAGCUAGGGAAUGCAGAGAGAUGAGAGGCUCUCGAUUUUCUAAUCCCCUUUUUUACGCCGGAAAUAUCCAAAAAUCAGUCGCCGGCGGCAGGAAUUGCCACCGGAAACACGUUGAAGACGGGUGAAUCACUCACCCGUUUUCGCCUUCUCCGUUCACCAAAUCCCUUUUUAUUAACAGAUUCAAACACCCUUUUCAAUCUUUAGUCUCUUUUUUCAAUCAAUUUGGAACAAAAAAAAAAUGGCUCCGGAAGAGAAAUGUGGAGCUUUGAACGGAAAAUAUGAACUUGGUCGGCUUUUAGGCCAUGGAACAUUCGCGAAAGUUUAUCACGCACGAAACGUGCAGAAUGGUAAAAAUGUUGCCAUGAAAGUAGUGGGUAAAGAGAAAGUCAUUAAAGUCGGUAUGAUGGAUCAGAUCAAGCGAGAAAUCUCCGUAAUGAAAAUGGUGAAAAACCCGAAUAUAGUUGAGCUCCACGAAGUCAUGGCGAGCAAAACUAAGAUUUACUUCGCCAUGGAGUUCGUUAGAGGAGGUGAGCUUUUCGCGAAGAUCGCGAAAGGCAAGCUGAGAGAGGAUGUUGCUAGAGGUUACUUCCAGCAACUGAUCUCAGCUAUCGACUUCUGUCAUAGCAGAGGAGUAUUUCAUCGCGAUUUGAAACCUGAGAACUUGUUGUUAGAUGAAGAAGGAAAUCUCAAAGUUACUGAUUUCGGGCUAAGUGCAUUUACGGAACAUUUAAGACAGGACGGAUUGCUUCACACAACUUGUGGAACUCCGGCUUAUGUUGCCCCUGAAGUUAUUGGUAAAAAAGGCUACGAUGGUUCAAAAGCGGAUAUUUGGUCAUGUGGAGUGAUUCUCUAUGUUUUGUUAGCCGGUUUUUUACCAUUUCAAGAAGAAAACAUCAUGGCGAUGUAUAAGAAGAUUUAUAGGGGUGAUUUCAAAUGUCCACCUUGGUUUUCUUCUGAAGCUAGGAGGCUGAUCACGAAGAUGUUGGAUCCGAAUCCCAAUUCAAGAAUCACCACCUCGAAGAUCAUGGAUUCAUCAUGGUUCAAGAAAUCAAUCCCAAGGACGUUAAGGAACAAAGAUGAGGAAGAAUUUGCAUUUGCCUCAGAUAAGGCUUGUAAAGAAGUUGAGACAAUGAACGCGUUUCAUAUCAUUUCGUUAUCUGAGGGGUUUGAUUUGUCACCUUUGUUCGAAGAGAAUAAGAGGAAUGAGAAAGAACAUAUGAGAUUCGCGACUACUAGGUCAGCAAGUAGUGUGAUAUCUAAGCUUGAGGAGGUAGCAAAGACAUCGAAUUUCAGCGUAAAAAAGAGUGAUUCAUGUGUAAGGCUACAAGGACAAGUGACUGGGAGAAAAGGGAAAUUGGGAAUUGCUGCUGAUAUAUUUGCUGUGACAAAUUCAUUUCUAGUUGUGGAAGUGAAUAAAGCUAGUGGUGAUACAUUGGAGUAUAAUCAAUUCUGCAGCAAAGAGCUUAGACCAGCACUUAAGGAUAUUGUAUGGACAUCAUCUACACUUACUUGAAGGAUAAAAUAAGGUGUAGAUCUGGAAAUUUUUAAUUUAGUUGUGUUUGUUUUCAUGUUGUUAAUUAGAUUUACCCUUAUUAAUUUAGAGGUUGAAUUUCAUCUCAAGAAAGUUUCUUGAAUUGUUGAAUGAAUGUCUUUUGUGUUUGUUUUGC